ACGAGCCGGAGGAAGACCUCCGACCUCAAGCCGCCCCCAAACGUGUCAAUCGUAGGGUGGUGGGACCACGGAAGGCGUCAACCAGCUCAACGCCAGCGCCGAAGCGAAACCAGCCAAAAGGGAAACCAGAGGCCGUGAAGAACCGGUAUCCUUGCCCCAUAGCAGGAUGCCCGUGCGACUUCACGAGCACAAGCGACAUGAAGAGACAUGUUGGCACCGCCAGAAGCCAUCAAGGCUUCCGGGACGGAGCCGACUGGCCCGCGUUCAUAACAGAGCAUGCGCUACAAGACUGUCACCUUCUUCACUAUUGCGAUAUUUGCGACGUAGAGCGCAAAGCGUCCAUGCGAUUGGAUGCCCUCAUCCGUCAUAGAAGAGAUUCUCAAAACCACUUGGAUAAGGUCGCUGCCAGCGGCCAAAGUGCUUAGCGCUGAGUAGGCGGCUCGCGGAUGCAGGUCUCUGUCGCGGCCAGUAGUCGGAGGAGCGGGGCAGGACGAGUAGAGAGGAGCGAUUGAACGAACAAACAACAUACCCACUCUGAUUUAUACCCCUCUCGCACCCCACCUCAGCACACGCUCCCUUGUUCUUGACCUGGACGAUGGAGAUCAUUUGCCCCAUCCGCUACUGGCUCCGUCGCGGUGACGGUUUCCAUCCUGGACAGAAUGAGGAGACUCGACGUGGGGCCCUUGUUCCAAAACUAGAAUCACUUACGUUCUCGCCUUUUACCCAGCAACGCCACGCUUCUCCCAACUAUGGACAUCUUUUUUCACCUCUGACGUUUCCUCUGUCAACCUCACUCAAUUUUUCCUUUGUUCUUUCCCUUGUUCUUGCCGUGCGUUUCCGUGCACCUAUACCUACCUUUACGCCUUGUACAAUUCUUAGAUGAUUAGAAGAUUUCAUUACUGCUACUCUGCUCCGGACUCUGUUUUACUCUGCUCCACUGAUGAUCGAACGAAUCAUACUGGAUUUCUCGAC